AUAAUUAUAUAUAUAUAUUUCUCUCUUUCAUUCCUGUCGAAUGAGAUCAAUCCAAAACCCUUGAAAUCUCCUCUCUGUCAUCAUCAUAGGAGAUUUGUCAUCGCAGUAUCCUUGAGUGCAUUCAAUCUAUCCUCUCUUUAGCAUACAAAUUGAAGUGCGUAUUGAUUGAUUGAUUGAUACACUCCGGUCUUGCGAAAAUGAGCACUGGCGGUUCUAGGGUUCCGAUUCCAAACAGUGUUCGCAAGACGAUCCAGCACAUCAAGGAGAUCACGGGAAAUCACAGUGAAGAUGAUAUAUACACAAUGCUCAAGGAGUGUUCUAUGGAUCCCAAUGAAACCACCCAGAAGCUACUUUUCCAAGAUACUUUCCAUGAGGUCAAGAGGAAACGUGAUAAGAGGAAGGAGAAUGUGAACAUCAAAGAAUCUGGAGAAUCGAGGUGGAGACCACCUGGCAUACAAGGACGGGGGAGUAGGGGUGGGAGGGGAAACUAUUCUUCUCGUCAUAUAGCUCAUGAUGCUGGUGGAAGAAAUGCUCCUCUGGGAAAGGAAAAUGGAUCUGAUCAUUUGAUAGAAAAGAGUGGUGGGCUCUCAGCUUUGCCCAUCUCUCAGUCAAUAAAUAAAGAUGCAGUGACUGUAACAAGUUCUAUCACAGUUGCAAGCAACAGCCCAACCAGGAUUACCCAGAUUGAAAAUAGAUCAUCUGUUGAUAUGGACAACCUGGUCUGUCCUCCUAUAAAAGUUCCUCCAAUGGAUAUGAAGCAAAAUUCCAGCAGUGCUGCGGCAAGUCAUGAACUGCCGGAACUAGAAAAGAGCAACAAUUCAACUCCUAGAAAUCAAGCAUCGGUAGUCUAUUUCUCUGCCUCUGACCCUGUUUUGGUGCCAUCUCAAGACUCGAGACUUCCUGGUUCUGCUGGUGCAAUUAAGCGUGAGGUGGGAAGUCAGCGAAUUCCUGUUGAACAUAUUUCAACUUCUCAAGAGAACAAGACAACUACUGAAACUUCUGAAGUUGCGAGCUCCUCCAUGCCUAGGAAGAUGUCGUCUAAGUCCCAAGGGAUGAUAAAGAAUCAAGAGUCUGCUCAACUUGUGCAGCAUCGUACCAGCCUUUCCGUUCACAGACCUUCAUCUAACUAUAACAGUAGGUCACAACAAUCAACUGGUCUUGCUAAGGUUCUCCCAGCUAAAGAGUGGAAGCCUAAGACUGCAAAUCCUAACCCAAUUCAAGAGUCUGGAGCAACUGCUAAUCCAGAGGUUCAUUCUACUGUAGAGCAUGACGCUCAAGCUAACGCUGCGUGUCACAUUCUUGAUUCAAAGGAACCAACUUCAGAUGUGCAGAGGAAGCUUGCCGAUUUGAACUUCCAGCAGGGUCCGCAUGUUAUCAUCCCCAAUCAUCUUCAUAUUCCUGAAGAUGUUAAACUUGAUUUUGUGUUUGGCAGUUUUGAUAUUAGUCAUGGAAUAAAAACCGGCUAUGAUGAUGGACUCGAGAAUGACAAAAAUCAUUUGCCCAGUUCAGUUACUUCUGAGACCGUUAAAGUGACAAUAGAGCAAUCCUUGAGCCAUGGUAAUGAACCGGAGGCUCUUUCCCAUGAAAGAGAUUAUCCAGAACAACCACAAUCGCCUGAACAGGUGCAAGAAGGCUCGUCUUCUGGGGAGAUUGAUGUAGCAACGCCAGAGUAUAAAGAGUCUGACCAAGAAGUUUCCUUGCCUCCAACAACUCAUUCAUAUCCCUUAGUUCAUACUUCAUCUAGCUACAAUCUUGGUUUCAAUCCAACAGUGGUUGGUAAUCAACUUCCUCCAUUUGAAAGUUCUGAAUCUCAGGGACAAGAUGUUUCUCGCAUGCCAAGCUUUGUAGUACCACAACCAUUUGAUCCAAACAGCUAUUAUGGUCAGUUUUUCCGGGCUGGUGUGGACUCGGAUGGUCGCAUUUCACCUUUUCAGUCACCUGGAGGUGCAUCAAAGUACAAUGGAAACAUUGCAGUUAUGAAUUCUCAAUCUUCUGUUGAGGGAGGAAAUUCUGGUGUUUUAUCAACAGGCCCAUCUCCUCAACAAAACUCAUUAUCUGCGACUCAGCAACCACUUCCAGUCUACCGACAACCAGCUGGGAUGCAUAUAACCCAUUACCCAUCAAAUUACAUCCCUUAUGCACCAUACUAUCCUCCAUUUUACGUUCCUCCUACAGCUUUGCAUCAGUUUCUGGGCAACAAUGCAUUCCCCCAGCAACCUCAAGUUGGAAACAUAUAUCGGGCGACUCCUCCUCCUCCUCCUCCUGGGACAGCCAACAAAUAUCCAUUUUCUCAAUACAAGCCAGGAACUGGUCCAGGGAACUCCAACAAUCAUGGUGGAGGCGUUCCUGGAAGUUUUGGAUCAUAUGGGUCCUCAACAGUUGGUUUUAACCACAGUUCUGGUUCCACAGCUGCAAACUCUACUGCUGGCGGGGACUUUCCUGGACAACAGUACAAGGAAAAUAAUGUUUACAUCUCAGGACAACAGACAGAUGGUUCGGCUUUGUGGUUUGCUGCACCUGGGAGAGAUAUUUCUGGCUUGCACCCAAACUCGUUCUAUAACAUCCCUCAACAUCCGCAUGCUCAAGUUACUCUAACCAACCCAUCUCAGUCUGGCCAUGGCACAUUUACUGGCAUUUAUCAUCCCCAAACAGUUACACCGCCUAUUGUUCUUCCUCUUCUGCCACAUUCCCAAUCCAUGGCUGCUGGAGUUGAUAUGGUAGCUGGUUCAACUGCCGGUGUCUAUCAACAACAGCCUCAGCAUUCUCAAACAAAUUGGCCAAAUAACUGCUAAAAGAAUUUCUAUUUUUUCUUUAUAUAUUAUAUUACUAGUCGCCAAAAGCAGCAGCAGCAAAGGGGAUAUGAUCAUUACAAUAACAAUGUUGAGUGUGACGAAAAACUUCACAAACGUAAAUUUAUUGGGGAGAGGGGGGAAGAAUGGUUCGAGUUCAUAAAAAAAAUGGUGGUGGAAGGAAGCUAUGGUCUUGCUGCUAUAUCUCCUUCGCAUUUUCGAAAGUUUUUAAGUUUGAGUAUUAAUUAUUCGAUUUCCCUCAUCUCAUCUACAAUUUUUAGGUCAUUUUAUUGUAGGAAGGUUGUUAGGAUUUUCAUGGGUGUUCUUGUUUGUCCCCCCUCACCCAGUUUUGCCUGCCUUAUAUAUCUUUUGAUACAGUUUUACCUGUAAAGUCACUGUUGUAGUUUUUAUCAAGGAAAGAAGCUUAAAUUUGCCAUUCAACUUUU